AUGUCUUCGUCACUUGCUCGUCCCAUGCUCCGCUCGCCGGCUCUGCGCCAGCUUGCUUUCCGCCGCAGCGAGAGCACCGCCGCCAACAAGGCCUCCGAGACCGCCAAGGACGCUACCGCCAAGGCCAAGGAGUACCAGGCAAAGGCUGCGCAGGGCCUGUCGCGCGUCGCUGGCGCUGCUGGACCUGCCAUUGCCGGCGCUGCUCGUGGCGUCACCAACGCGCUCGGCAAGGUCGGUGGACGAACCGGCAAGCUGAUCAACUUCGUUGAGAAGCAAACCCCUCGGGCCGUUUACUACGGCAAGGUCGCCCUUGAGACCGGCAAGAUCGUCUUCCACGCCCAGAAGAUGAGCCCUCCUUCCGUUGCUACCUUCCAGUCCUUCUACCAAUCCCUGUGGAAGUCCAUCCAGAGCGGCUCCAUCCUCAAGUCUCCUCAGAACCUCCUCCAGCAGGUCCGCAGCCUGACACCCGGCCAGCUCGUUGCUGGCGGCGUCAUCUUCGCUGAGUGCCUUGGAUUUUUCACCAUUGGCGAGAUGAUUGGCCGAUUCAAGCUCAUUGGCUACCGAGGAGAGACUGCCUCUCACCACUAA